UCACCAUUUUUGUUUACUUAUGUUAAAGUGAAAGAGAUAAGAAAGAAGAAAGAAGAGAUAUGAAACAUGUGGUUGAAAAUAAAAAGUAAUUGACUGCUUUUGUCAGUUUUAAAAUUUUAAAUCAUUUUAAAAUUUAAAAUAAAAAUUAGUCAGCAUAAAUAAGAAACCAGAAGCUAUUAUCGUUAAAGCUUAGUUAGGGGCAUCUAUGUAACAACUAAUAAAAACUACCUUGGUAGCUGAAACUGCCUCAUCAUGUAAUAAAAACAUGAAAACUGUCCUAUGGUAUUAAUAACUCUUGUAUUAUUUGGUAAGCUAUAAUCCAUUUUUAUAGUCUUUUUCCUAAUUUUAUAGUUAAUCCAAAUGAUGAAAUCUAUUUUGUCUGUGGGUAAUAAAACAGUAAAGCUUUUUAUCUACCACUUUUGGAUGUAUUAUGUACAAACUGUAUACCGCAGUAUCACGUUGUCUACACAAAAAUAGAAACAUAUAACAAAUCUCAAUUUUGCAUAUAAAAAGAGUCAUGAAGAAAAUAAAAUAAGAGAAGAAAAUACUUACACGUCGCCUUCUACUCUGACUGUCACUCUCUCCCGGUGGUGAACUAGAAUUCCAGAGAAGAAAGAAAUAAAAAAACAUUUAGUCCUUUUUAACCAUUCCUCGUUGCUCCCACUUUCUUCUUCCCCCGAUUUAAUUCUGCAAUUAAUUAUUCGCCGAGCUUUCUUCCUCGCACAUCUCUAUCCAUUAAAUUUAGUAAAGUUACAAUUAUUAAAUAGCAAGACGACGACUUUUCUUUUUUUGUUUUGUUGUCAGUCUCCUUCGUGUAUUCACGUUUCGUAUAAUAAGUCAUCAGACAGCAGCAGCCACGGAUUCUUCUGUUUUGUUUCGCUGUUACUCAUGCAUCAUCUUUCUCCUCUGUUUUCAAAAACACGACAACAUUAUUAGUCCUGUUCGUUAAACGAACGCUGCCGCAGUAACUACAGAUCAAAAUUUAGAAGGGAAAAAGAGUAUCCAAAAAGAAAGAGAGAAGAAUGGAUGACGCGCGUCUCUGUUUUUAGUAGCAGAGAAGAGAGAGAAAUGAAGAACAAUGGAGAAAGAUGAUGCAUGAGUAACAGCGAAACAAAACAGAAGCUAAGAUUUCCGUUAUCCUCCGAUCAUCAAUCAUCAUCAUCUGCGGCGGCCUCCCAUCCUCGCCGCAUCUUCCUCCGCUCGUACUCGCCAAACCCGAUCGAUUACUGUUACCAGUUCCUCUUCUUCUCUGACAAUACUUGAGGAAUCGAUGUUUAUUAUAAUACUCAUCGUGGAUUUAUAUGUGCAGAGGAAAAGGAGAUGCGAGCGCGGAGAGAGAUGGAGAUUCGUUGAGUGGGGUUUGAGGUUAUCCGAUUGCUCUAUGAGGAAGUAAAAAUAGAUGGAGAUGCGAGCGCGGAGAGAAUCAAAGAAGAGAGAAACAGAUCGAAUACGAAAGAGAAGAGAAGAGAAGAGGUCACUUUUUCUCAAGCCAAUAUGCAUCUGCCACAACCCCUCGCUACAACCUCCGAUGGACCUGCUCUUAACCAUUCCUCGUUGCUCCCACUUUCUUCUUCCCCCAAUUUAAUUCUGCAAUUAAUUAUUCGCCGAGCUUUCUUCCUCGCACAUCUCUAUCCAUUAAAUUUAGUAAAGUUACAAUUAUUAAAUAGCAAGACGACGACUUUUCUUUUUUUGUUUUGUUGUCAGUCUCCUUCGUGUAUUCACGUUUCGUAUAAUAAGUCAUCAGACAGCAGCAGCCAUGGAUUCUUCUGUUUUGUUUCGCUGUUACUCAUGCAUCAUCUUUCUCCUCUGUUUUUAAAAAAAGAAAAGUUGUCGUGUUUUUAAAAACAGAGGAGAAAGAUGAAGCUGCCAUGGCUUCCAAAAAAGAAAACUUGCUCUGUUCCGACAACUUUCUUUGAAGCCAUGGCAGCUUCGUGUCUGGAAAAAGAAUGAGACUUGAAACAGAGUUCUUGAGAAAGACGUAACCUUUGUUGGUUUCCAUGGGUUGCGGAGGAUCUAAGAUAGAUGAACAGCAGCUUGUGAUUCUCUGCAGAGAGCGUAAAGAACUGAUCAAAACGGCGUCCCAUCAUCGCUCCGCUCUCGCCGUAGCUCACCUCGUUUACUUACAGUCUCUCCGCGACGUGGGUGAAGCUAUACAACGUUUCGUUGACGAGGAGAACGUUGUUAACUCCUCCUCUUCUUCUUCGGUCGUUCUCACGCUUCCCUCCGACGAAGGGAAGCCGAAGAAACGCAAAGGAUCAAUCUCCUCCACGUCGAUUUCUCAUUCGGUUAUCGAAGAAGGUGAAGAAGAGGAAGAAGAUGGAGAUGGUUCGCAUUUGAAUCUCUCUUCCGGAUCUGAAUCCGGUUUAGAUGAUGAUGAUCAUCAUCAUAUUCAAAUUGAUACCACUCCUGAACCAGAACUAAACCGGUCAAAACAAACAUUUUCACCCGGUUAUCCAACCGACUAUCCUCCUUCCGGUUAUCCAACAAGCUAUCCUCCACCGGGUUAUCCAUACCCGUAUCCGGUUGGAGGAUGGGGAUUCAGCGGCGAGAAUCCAAACCCGAAUCAAGGAAAGUAUUUCAUGAAGAAAUCCGCGGCGCAAUCUCAACCGUUCGUUUUCAAACCGGAGAAUCAUCACCGAGUAGAGCCGUCGGGUCCCGGUUAUUUCAUUAAUCCUGGGCCAACCGGUUCCGGUUAUCUCCCUAAUGUUAAUAAUUAUUCCGGUUAUCCUCCUCCUUCUCCAGCAAAGCCACCACCACCGGCUCUUCCCUCCCCGCCUAGAGUCUCCACAUGGGACUUCCUGAACGUUUUCGAUACGUACGAUUACGGAAACGCACGUUCUCGUGCAGCUCCGAGCUACUAUCCUCCGGGAAUGGGGUCGAUCUCGAGCAGCCCUGACUCGAAGGAGGUCAGAGAGAGGGAAGGGAUCCCUGAGCUCGAAGAAGUACCAGAGCACGAAGUGAUCAAGCAAGUGUACAGACGUCCAAAGAGAACACCACCUUUGAAGAAGGUGAAAGAACACAAAGAAACAGUGCCUUUACCGGAAGAAGUAGCCACCGAGAGCUCAUUAGAUUCAGAGACCGUCUCUACGUUUUCAGGAAGUGACGUGGAAUCUGACUUUCACUAUGUUAAGAGCAGUAACAGUUCGAGUGGACAGGAGACGAUCGUGGAGACAGAGGAGGGGUCGGAACAGCAAGUGUAUGGGAUCAAGAAAGGAGUUGUGAGCUUUGAGUUGGAGGAGGAAGCGAGUAGUUCCUCUUUUGAUGUUGAGUCUUCUAUGAUAAGUAGUUUUUCGAGUUUGUCGAUUCGUGAAACUAGGGAGAUCAAGGAAGUUGUGGAGGAGAUUAAGAGUGAGUUCGAGAUUGCUGCUUCGUGUGGGAAGGAGGUUGCUGUGCUGCUUGAGGUCAGCAAGUUGCCUUAUCAGCAUAAAGACAAGGGUGGCUUUAAAGUUAUUUUAUCAAGGAUCAUGUAUCUUGUAGCACCAUCCACACGCUCUAAACCUGAACUAUCAAUACGACUAACAUCUAGAACAAUACAAAUGGCCAAAGCGUAUAAUGGGCAAGAUGUUGAUGUAGGCUUCACUGGAAACCUCUCAUCAACCUUGGAGAAACUCUAUGCGUGGGAAAAGAAACUCUACAAGGAAGUCAAGGGAGAAGAGAAGCUUCGUUCCAUCUAUGAAGAGAAGUGCAAGUCACUGAAGAAAAUGGACACACAUGGAGCAGAAGCUACCAAGAUCGAGGCCACUCGAGCAUACAUCAAGAAGCUUCUGAUGAAAAUAGAUAUCUCUAUAAGAUCUGUUGAUUCUAUUUCAAAAAGAAUCCAUAAACUCAGAGAUGAAGAGUUACAGCCACAACUAACACAGCUUAUUCACGGGUUGGUGAGAAUGUGGAGAGCAAUGCUAAAGUGCCACCAGAAACAGUUCCAAGCCAUCAUGGAGAGCAAGGUUCGAUCUGUAAAGGCCAACACCGUCUCUAGUUCGAAAGCAUUUCUUGAUCUUGAGAUGGAGCUAAGAGACUGGUGCAUCAGCUUCAAUGAGUGGGUCAACACACAGAAGAAAUACGUCCAUUUUCUAAACCAGUGGCUCUCAAAAUGUCUUCACUACGAACCUGAAGCAACAGAGGAUGGAUACGCUCCUUUCUCUCCUAGCCAGAUCGGUGCACCACCAAUCUUUUCCAUAUGCAAAGAUUGGCAAGAAGCAAUGAAGAGAGUGUCUGGAGAGAAAGUGAGCAAUGCAAUGCAAAGCUUCGCUUCGAGCUUACACGAGCUGUGGGAGAAGCAAGAGGAAGAAGAACAAAGGGUUAGAGCAGCAGCGGAGAUGGAGUUUAGAGAUCAUGGGGAGUAUGAUAAGAGAAGUGUGGUUUCGAAAGGUCGGUCGGAGAGUGGAGUGUCGGUUUUGGAUGAUCUGAAAGUGGAUUUGGAUUCGAUGAGGAAGAAGCUGGUGGAGGAGAGAGGUAAACGUAAAGAAACCACUGUGAAGGUGGCGUCUUCUUCGAGUAGUACGCUGAAAGGUGGACUCGCUCCUAUUUUUGAUGCGUUGAGAAAAUUCAACGUAGAGGUUGUUAAAGCUCAUGGAAUUGUUAGGCUUCAACGUCCUCAGACUUCUUCAUGAGAGAGUCACAUUUUGCAAUAUUUUGAAGUUUUGUUACUUGAAAUUAGAUAUAGGUUCAUAUAGAUUCCACAUUCAAGAAAAAAAAAAACAAAACAAGAUUUGAGAAGUAUUGAUCUCGUAUAUUGUAGUUUGCGGUUUACAUGUUAUUUCGUCAUUACAUAAGAUUAGCUCUGUCUUC